AUGAACGUGGAUGUCGUACGUCAAAAGCUUGUAGAUGGCGAUACGGACGUUUUGCUCAAGGAGCUUAUGGAUCUAUAUCGUCGUGCUGAGAUUCUACAUACCCCACAGCUUGGUCGCAUCCUGGAGGCGCUUUUUCCUAUUUGGAAAGGUCUGCUACACCACAAAUUACCGCCACAGUUGCACGCUUCAACAAAAAAUCGAUGCCGAAAAGUGCUUCUUCAAAUACUAAAUCGUUUGCCGAGCAACGAGGCAUUACGUCCUUAUGUGGCGCAGUUACUGCAGUUGCUUAUGGAGGUAUUGCAGAAAGAUAAUGAAGAUAAUGCGCUUAUUGCACUAAAGACGUUGUUUGAUCUACAUCGCAACUAUCGUCCAGGACUACGCAAUGAAGUGCAACCAUUUUUAGAACUUGUUCAGCUCAUGUACAAGAAUUUGCAGACGACGAUAAAGAAACAAUUUAGUGGUCCGCCAGAGGCUUUCAGGUCUACUUUCGCGUCGGCAGCUACAAUACCUACUGCUGACAAGUCAGUAUCGUCACUGCGAGCCAACGUUGCAGAAAAAGCAAAGGAAUCAAUAGUAGUUCAGAGUGAAACAUUUGGUGCAACAAGUGGUGCUACGACAGAAUCAAUACCAGCAGGGGGGUCGACACCCCAGGCAACAGCGAAAGAUAAAACUGGUGAAAUUACUAUUGCAGCAGCAGUUUCCAGUGCUUUAGCACCGGAAAGUAAUGCUGCAAGUACUACGGCUGCUGCUGGAAGAGAAGCAGCAACGGGCAAACCCAUUUGCAGCAGUUUGGAAUCGUUUAAGACAGUCUCAGAGCUGCCGUUAGUUAUCAUGCUGCUCUUCCAAUGCUACCCGAGUUAUAUCGAAAGUUACAUACCAGUUUUAGUGCCGUUGAUGAUGUCAGCUUUGGCAUUGCGUGCGCCCGAAACUGCCGCUACUGCACAUCCGUCGCGGUACUUGGACUUUUUGGAUUGCCAAGUAAAGACGUUGUCGUUUGUAACAUACUUGUUGCGCGGAUGUGCAAAGCUGAUGCGUCCAUUUCAAGAUGCUAUUUGCGAGAACACCGUGAAAUUGCUUAUCGCCUGUCCUAAAGAUGCUUUUGUUUUAAGGAAAGACAUUUUUGUGGCCGCGAGGCACAUUAUUUCCACAGAUUUUCGGCGAGGAUUUUACUCACAACUUGAAUUGCUCAUGGAUGAUGACGUACUUCUUGGAAAAGGACGUUGCAGCUUUUACCAAAUUCGCCCGCUGGCGUACUCUACGCUUGCAGAUAUGAUUCAUCACGUUCGAGAUAUGCUAACACUCGCGCAGGUAAGCACCAUCGUGGAAUUCUACGGCAAGAGAAUUCAUGAUUCAACGUUGCCGAUAUCCAUACAAACGACAAGCAUUCGACUGCUACUUAAUCUUGUCGAUAUUAGCGCAAAGAAUGAAGAUGCUGAUGCAUGGAAAGGCCGCAAUAUUUUGUCACGUAUUUUGCUAAUUAUUUCCGGAAAGUUUGGUACGACACUAGCAAACCUCCCUGCAGCUAUUGCUACAACACAACGAAGUAAAUCUAGCGGUGAUCGGUUUGACUUGUUGGAGGGAAGUGCCAUGGAUAAGAUUAAGCAGUCUAGUCUGCUUCCAAGGGACGUUGUGCAAAAAACGCAAUAUGAGAGAAAGUUAGAGGCUUUACUGCUACCGCAUAUGCGUGUUCAGCGUCCUGCAGAUUCUGUCACAGAAGAAGAACCGAGUAUUCGUGACAUCAAAUCACUCUUGCGCACAAUGAUCCUCGGUAUCCGUGCUGUUAUUUGGUGUACAGCUAAUUAUCGAAAUCCGCACGCUAAAGAUCUGUCCACCGCUGACGCUACCACCACAGAUGAAAGUGUUGCUGCAUCGACUUCACAAGGGGUCCAUCCUGGCUUGAACGCGCACGCUUUUGACGUGGUGGGGAGUUCAUCCAGUCGGGCAUCUGGAAGCGACCACAUGUACCCACUGACUGAUGAUGAGCGCUUGCUCAUUGCAAAAGUGUUUCGAAAUGGACUGCGUUGUUUUAUUUUAUACACGUUGUCGGAAAACACACUUUCAGAGGAAAAACAAAUGCUGGAUCACUUUGCUGGUGCAUUUACUGUAUUGGAGGCAGCAGAUUUCCGUGAUCUUUUUAUCUCGAAUAUCCAGCUGCUUUACGAGUGUAUUCUCCAGGACCAUGCCAUUCUGACGAUUCCUCAGCAUUUCUUGGCUAACUCAAACGUGAGCUGCUGGUUUGCUGAGAUUCUGCUGAAGUUUUUACUCUCGCAGAUCGAGGACUUGAGCGUUGAGGCAGAAGGAGACCUGCCUGAUACGAACCGACUGGAAAAGAUCAUGACGAUUGAAAAUUUAGAGUUCGAGAAAAUGCGUCGCGUGCCCCAAGUGCAUCGUGCUUCCAUUGUGCUUCGUUUGUUCAAGAUUGUCUUCGGCUCGGUCACAUUGUUCAAGUCGAACGAAUCAGCGCUGUUUCCGCAUUUGCGUACGAUUAUUGAGUCGUGCUUGAAUCAAGCGACGUUUACGAAACAUCCAGACAACUAUUUACUUUUGCUUCGCGCCCUGUUCCGGUCAAUAUCAGGCGGCAAAUACGAAAACUUUUACAAGGAGGUAUUUCCCUUGCUGCCGGGCGUGUUAUCCGCUCUGAUGCGAUUACAGAAGCACAUGGGCAAACCAGCAAUGCAGGAGGUGCUUUUGGAGCUGUGUCUAACAAUCCCUGCAAGAUUGAGCUCAUUGCUGCAGUACCUUCCAUCACUUAUGAAAUCUGUAGUGCGUGCGAUCACAUCACGCGGAGAACUCGCAUAUUUAGGAUUGCGGACACUUGAGUUCUGGGUUGACAAUCUUAACCCAGACUUUUUGUAUCCGAUUAUGACGUCUCAGGAUCGAUUGCUUACAGAAAUUAUCGAGGCGUUGAACACACAUCUCAUCCCACCUCCGUACUUGUACGGUGAGUUAGCUAUGCGAAUUCUUGGUAAAAUUGGCGGGCGAAAUCGGCAGUAUCUCAUGGAUCCGCUGAACUUAGACUAUCAUGAACACUCGUUCACUGGACUAACUUUCACGUUCCAGUGGGAUGAAGGGGGGGGACAUGAAAGGCGAUAG